AUGAUGGGGAAACCGCUGCCCAAUCAAGGACGCCCGCCGCCGUCCGUCCGUCUGCCACCUCCAGACAUCUCUCACAUAUUUCGAGAUCCCAAGGGUAACCUAGAUGCGUAUAUCGUGGUGGUGAAAGCGUCCAGGGUCAAUGCGACAGCACACGACCAUCAUUGGCUGCUCUGCUGGUUAGUUGCACAGGAUGCGUCGGGCCCGGUCUACCACGAGCUGCAGGCCGUGCACGAGGCGACGACGGGGCUACCGCACCUAACAUUCUGGGGCCCACGGACGGGCUAUCUGGGUGGGGUGACGCGCCAGUCGCUGCACAUACCGCUCGCGAAGCUGACGCCGGCGCAGCGCGCGGCGCUCGACAAACUGUCGUGGGAGAUUCCGGUCAUGGAGCCAGACGGGCAUUGGAACAGCCGAAGCUGGCUCCGUGCGCUCUUGGACAAAGCGGUCCGCGAGGGCGUGCUCGCUCGAGAUGUCUGCGAUGCGGCGCUGCACAAGGCAAACCAUGCGUAUGAUGUCAUACCGUACGUAUUUUCCCUGACAGUUCAGAAACCUGAGCGAUUUGCGUCGAUCUACAUCAUUCAGACCCUCUUCAUCAGAUCUAAAGUCGGCCGUCGCCUAGGAUAG